AUGAGCGAAUCCCACAAGAUGGGAUUCCUGGGGGCCGCCUCCUACGUGGUAGGCAAUAUCAUCGGCUCUGGCAUCUUCAUCACCCCGGCUUCUAUUAUCAGAUCCGUAGAUAGCGUCGGCCUGUCCCUCAUCAUUUGGGUCGCGUGUGCAGCUAUAGCUAUUCUGGGCAAGUUUUCAGUAUCCUUUUUCAGGAGAAUAUCUUUAUUAGGUUCUCUUGUCUACAUCGAAUUGGGUACAUCGAUCCGAGAGGCCGGCUGUGAUUUUGCGUAUAUUUGCUACGUGAAAUGGUAUAGCGUUGCCUUCUCCUUCAUGUGGGUGUCCGUUCUGAUGACAUACCCGUGCACGGUGGCCAUUUGCGUGGAGACUUUCGGCCAGUAUAUCGUCGAAGGUCUCAGACAGGCGUACGACAUUGACGAUGAAUGGGCCCCGCUGUGCCAAAAGCUUUUCGGUUUCAGCCUGCUCUUCCUCGUCACCUGGAUGAACUUUUUCUCGCUCAGCAAAUUUGCGGCAAGGUUCCAAAUCUUUGCCACUUUUGCGAAACUGGCCUCCUGUUUCCUAAUCAUCGUCACCGGGUUGUAUUAUUGGUUUUGGAAAGGUUGGGAUGGUAAUCUCAAGGAGCCGAUGAAGGGGUCGAAUUGGGGCACCGGACCGUUGAUUAUUGGCUUCUAUGGAGGACUGUGGGCCUAUUCGGGCUGGGAUGUGCUCAACUACGGCUCCGGCGAGAUCAAGAACCCAAGGAGAAAUGUGCCAAUGGCGCUUCUCGGAGGUAUCGCGACAGUAACAGCGGUGUACGUCUUGAUCAACGUCGCCUAUUUUGUGGUAUUGGAUGUGGAGACGGUGAAGAGCAGCAAUGCCGUCGCGGCCCUGUUCGCCCAGGCAACUCUUGGCCCGUUUGCCUACUCGAUUCCAUUUUUGAUUGGCAUCCUACUCGUCGGCUCGAUCAACAGCAAUUUAUUUUCUGGUUCAAGAUACAUGUACGCAGCAGCGAAGCAGGGACAACUGCCAGCAUGCUUUAGCUGCGUCAACACCGAGACGGACAGUCCAAGAGUAGCCGUAUUUGCGCAGUCUGCGCUUGCGAUGGCGAUCUGUUUUGUCGGGGAUCUCGACGCUCUUCUCGGCUAUGCGAUGUUCGGCUUUUGGGCCCAGCGCAUAUUCACCCUUGCCGCGUUGCUGUUGAUCCGGAAGAACCGGAUUCCAGUCCAUCCGGAGGCCGUCAGAAUGCCCAUCUCCAUCCAUAUCCUCUUCUUGAUCAUCACCAUCGCCCUGGUGAUCAUCCCGAUCUUCCAGGAGUUCAAAGUGACAGCGCUGGGGCUGGGCAUCUGCGCGUUCGGUUUCGUCCUCUAUCAUCUGUUUUUCGUGAGAAAACUGAUGCCGGCAUGUUUUGUCGUCUGGAAUGAACGUACAACAAGAUGGGCUUGCAUCAUAUUCGAUUGCCUACCCGAUUUGAAGGCCGGCCCGACACUGCUCGCCUCAGAUUCGCAGCAGCUGCUGCUCACCCGCCGAUCAUCAACGACAAGGCUCUCCGAGGACAGUAUCCCCGACUUGCAUUCGGAUGAGAAGAACACGAUGCGGCGGAUCGGCUCUUCACAAGGACUACGCAUGAUGUCAGCAUUACGG